GCCGCUCAUUGACGGCUAACCCGGUAGUCCAAACCAAGCGCUCCCUGCCACUAACAGCUCGCGAGCUAACGAGAGUACGCAGAAGCUAAAAUAGAUAACCCAAAAUGGCAACGGCAAUUUACUUGGAGCAUUAUCUUGACAGUAUUGAAAAUCUACCAUGUGAGCUACAGAGGAACUUCACUUUGAUGCGGGACCUGGACAACAGAACCGAAGAAAAGAAAGGAGAGAUCGACAAACUGGCUGAGGAGUACAUUGCGAAUGUGAAGAACCUGGCCUCGGAGCAGAGGGUGGAACACCUACAGAAGAUCCAGAACGCCUACAGCAAGUGCAAAGAGUUCAGUGACGACAAAGUCCAGCUAGCAAUGCAGACCUAUGAAAUGGUGGAUAAACAUAUCCGCAGACUGGAUGCAGAUCUGGCUCGGUUUGAGAAUGAACUGAAGGAGAAACUAGAACUGAGUGGGUACGAAAGUACAGAAGGAAGAGGGCUGAAAAAGAGCGAUAUGCGGAGCCAGAGGGAGAAGCGUGGAUCCAGGGGUCGAGGAAGGAAGGGUUCUGACGAAGACUCUCCCAAAAAGAAGAAGAAAGCCAGUCCAGACCUGAGUGACGCUCUCCUCCCCAUGCAACCGUCAGACGUUUUGGACAUGCCGGUGGACCCCAAUGAACCUACGUACUGCCUGUGUCAUCAGGUUUCAUAUGGAGAGAUGAUUGGAUGUGAUAAUCCGGAUUGUCCCAUUGAGUGGUUUCACUUUGCCUGUGUCGACCUUGCCACGAAACCAAAAGGAAAAUGGUUCUGUCCGAGGUGCACGCAGGACAGGAAGAAAAAAUGAGACUUCCUUUCAGAAACGAUGAACUGUUUUGUGUCGGUGUCACUAGUCUAGUACGUAUUUGUGUCGGCAAUACUCCGUUAAAAAGGUGGUUCGAACAGCUUUCCGUAAAAACCUUAUCCAGAUUUGGUGUAAUGCUACUUUUGUGACAUGUUUCCUGACCAGCUCCCCUACGUUCCCUCCGCUCUUUGAAUUUUUAGCAAAGCCGUCUUUGUCUCGUAUCUUUAAAUCAAAUUAUGUUACAAUAUUUACUGUAUGUUCCGGUCUUGUCAGAAUGUCCCUUCUUUCAAGUAAUAAGAUGUAAAUACUAUCAUGACUAACGAGGUCGGAGAUCCCAGAUUGUUGCUUUAGCAUACUUGAAAUGUCACUUUUAUAAACAACUAUUUUUUUAAAUCGACAGCCUGCUGAGAGUUAAAUUUAAAAUCACCUUUAUCGUUGCGGAAACAAUUGUGGUGUAAAAAGAAAAAGAAAAAAAGGAUUGUGUCAGAUUUAGUUUGUCGUUACUACCUCUAAAGGGUUUACACUAGAAGCGCAUAAGUGAUAAAAGGGGGAAUUACAAUCAGCUUAAACCAAACUAGCAAGGAGGUCAUGUAAACUCAAGCUUCAACACAAGCCUAUGACAUUUUUGAAUGUAUCGCGGUACUAAUGGUCAGUUGUUGUCUUCUGUCACCUGAAUGAGAUAUUUAAGCACUUUGAAUUCAAUUUAUGCCCCUGAAGAGAUUUGAUACUGCAGAAUAGUCAAGUCUGUAGACAUAGUUUCUCAUUGUUAAAGUUUGCGAUUGAAUGUCUGUCGUUUUCCUAAUUUAUACCACUGUAGGGAAAACACCGGUCCUUCACAUCAAACCGUGCACGGGAGAAUCUAUGUGUAUUUUGUAUAAAACGAUAUUUUGUAGACGCAUCGUUCCAAAGAGAUGUUUGCUGCGUUGGUUUUUAGUACUGGCGACUCAGAUUUAAUUUAAUAGGACUUUAGCAGCUUCAUAUUUGACUGUGAAUAUCCCUCGUUUAAGUGUAAACCGCAAUUAUGAAAACCAGAGUGUGUAUUUUGUAAAAUUCUUGUAUUUUAUAGCAAAUAAAUUUUGAUUAUUAAUCCUA